AUGCAUGAAAUACCUUCUUCUGACUCAGACUUUUUGAAACAACACCUAGAUCUUUCUCAUUCUAUCAAAGAGAAAGGUUAUGAUCAAGAUACUACACUCGAAUGCCUCCAAAACAAAGUCAACGAACUUCUAAAAUUUCAGGAACAUGCUGUAGAGCUACAAGCGAAACUCAAAAUUACAGAGGAAAGAUUUAAUCUGCAAGAAGCUGAGUUUUCUUUCCAAAAGAACGAAAUGCAACAAGAAAUCGAACAUCUGAGAGAAAAUGAAAGACAAUUGCGUAUUGCUUUAGCUAAAGCUCAAUCAGAAAAGUCAAAUGCUGUUAACUAUGUUGAUGUUGAAGCUAGAAUUGAUCAGGAAUCUUCAGAAAUUCGGAAUUUAUCAAUCAAAUUAAACAAAUCUAAAUCGAAAAAAUCCCAACUGAAGCAAGAAAACCAAUCUUUACGCGAUAAAAUAUCAUCUCUUUCAAUGCAACUUGACGAAUUACGUACAGCUAAUAAUUCAUUGAAAAAUGAAAUCAGUCAGGUUUCAGAAAAUCUAAAUCAAGAACGUGAAUCAAGCAAACUUUCAAGUGAUGAUCAUAAUAGAACACUUGAACGCUCAAGUCAACUUUCAGAUCAAGUUUCUCAACUUCAAAGUAAGAAUAAUGAGCUUCAAACAAGAAUAUCGAAACUACAAGAGAGUCUACAGGCUCAACAAGAUCAAAAUAAAUCAUUAAAAUCUACUCUCAGGCAAAAAGAAUCAGAAUCAAAUUUGCAAACAGAUGAUUAUAGGCGCCAGAUUGCAGAUUUGAAGCGCCAGAAUGCAGAUUUAGAAAUGAGACUCAAACAACUCAAUAUCGACUAUGAAAGGCAAAAGCAAAGAGCAAAUGAUUUAUCACAAAAUCAAGAAAUUUCUGAAAAAAGUAAAGAAGACAAUGCAAUGCAAAUUAGUACUCUUCAAUUUGAAAACCAAGAACUCAAAGCUAAAGCUGACUUGCAGGAGAAACAGCUGAAGAACUUUGAGGAAGCUAAAAAGAAUUUGAAAGAAAAAGAAUUAUUAUUUGAUCAUAUUGAGCUUGAAAGAAAGUCAAUAUCCAAUGAUUUGGGUGUUGAACCAGAUCCUAUUGAAGGACCUUGGACAAAUAUGCAUGAAAGAAUCUUAUCUGCUAUACAAACAGAAAAUCUUGCCAAAUCAAUUCAAAGUCAGAACGAGAAACUCAAAGCAAGACUAAAAGCAGCAUUAGAUGUAACUAAUAAUGAUAGUGCUGCUAAGCAACAGCAAAAAGAAGAAGAGGAAGAUCAAUAUGUAUCAGCAUUAAAGUCUUCAUUGGAUGGAGCACAGAAGAGAAUAAAUGAACUAGAUGAAAAGAUAGCAAAUCUAGAAUUCCAAAGAAAAUUCUCUUCAUCAAUCGAAAUUACAAAUUCAAAGUUGAUGAAAGAGGUUGCAAAGAUGCAUUUAACACUUCAUCCUGAACUAACAAAUGUUCGAGCGUUAGUUUUAUCAGUGAUAAUGGCAAAAAGGAUCUCAAAAAUGAAAGUUAAUAAUUCAUAUCGAGAUGAAAAGGCUUUGAGUAUAUUCAAAGGCAGGCCAAUAUAUUCACCAAUAGGAAUGAUUGAUGAUGUCAGAAAAUCUUUCCGUUUAUUAACACAAGAAUUAGUUGAUUGUAAAUCUGGGCUAGUUCAAGCCAUUAAAGAUAGAGAAAAGUAUAGUACUGAAAACCAGACAUUAUCUGUACAAUUAAAUACACACAAAGAUGAGAAUAAAAUCGAAAGAAAACGAACAAGAUUCCUCAAAAAGAGAAUAAUCGAAAUGCAACAAGAAUUAGCUCUUCUUGUACCAUCAGAAGAGUACCAAGAAGCUUGCAGAGCUGUUCAGACAUUGCAAGAAAAACUAAUUGCUGCAAAACAACAACAUGCUGAACUAAACCAGAAAAUCAAUGAUCUAAACAAACAAAUCGAGGAAACAAAAAGUGACAAAUCAUUGGUCGAAACAAAAUUAUCGCAAUACGUUGAUAUUUCUAAUGAUAUGAAGCUGCAGUUGAAGCAGAGCUUGAAGGAGAUUGAGACAUUACAUAUUCUCCUUGAAGAAAAGAAUAAAGAGAUACUGGCCUUGGAAAGAGUUGUUUCGAGACAAAAAUCUCUUGAAAAAACUGCUUCAGUUGCUUUUGCAAAUUUAAAGCUUGGAGAAGAAUCGGAAAUACAGUUCGAACCUAAAAUAGAAACUGCUACACUUUGUAACCAAGAACCAGCCUAUUCAUUAAACAUCAAUCCCGCAUUCUUAGGAUGA